GCCCAAACAAAAGGCAGCGCUGCCCGGCCCCCGCUGCCCCCCGCCCCAGCCCCGCCGACGGCCGACCGGACCCCCAACGGACCCCCCAUGGCGUUGAAGCGGAUCCAGAAAGAAUUAAGUGAUCUACAACGAGAUCCACCUGCACACUGCUCAGCUGGGCCCGUGGGAGAUGACUUGUUCCACUGGCAAGCAACUAUUAUGGGACCGCCUGAUAGUGCCUACCAAGGGGGAGUAUUCUUUCUCACAGUACACUUUCCAACAGACUAUCCUUUCAAACCACCAAAGAUUGCUUUCACAACAAAAAUCUACCAUCCAAACAUAAAUAGUAAUGGAAGUAUUUGUCUUGAUAUCCUGAGGUCACAGUGGUCACCAGCUCUGACAGUAUCAAAAGUGUUGUUAUCCAUAUGCUCCCUACUUUGUGAUCCCAAUCCAGAUGAUCCCUUAGUUCCAGAUAUUGCACAAAUCUAUAAAUCAGACAAGGAAAAGUAAGUAUAUACAACAGACAUGCAAGAGAAUGGACUCAGAAAUAUGCAAUGUAAAUAUGAAGAUGUUUUUCAUAUAUACCAGAGUACUGUAAAUUCUAGGUUUUUUCAAAAUUAGAAGUAAAUCAAGCACCGUUUACCAUUUCAUUGUAUCAUGAAAUUCUUUGAUUUUUACCCAUAUUAAGAGUGUUUCUGGAACAAGAUAAAACAGAAUUCCAAAAAUAACCUUUAAGACUGUGAUGAGAGUAUUUAUCCUUUUGUAUGCUUUGCAAAAGUCAUUUGCUAUGGUUUUUAAGAUAUUUGGACAUCUACCGUCUUCAGCCUUCAACUUCCACGAUGCAGUUGUAAAACAACCAAAUUUUUUUUUGCUGAAACUGGAUGUUUUCACGUGAAAAAUACUGUAUGUGUUUGUCUAAGAUGUCAUCGGUAACUCUGUGUUCAGAUUUCUUUCUUAGCUUACUAUAUAAUUUGUAUUUUUUUACUGUAUAGACUAAAUAUAUUUUAUUUGCCAUGUAAGUCAGCUCUUUAGACUUUUUUUUCCUGUGCACAGUAGUGACAAGAUACAACUGUUAGUAAUGAAAUGAAUGAGAUGUCCCUUCCUUUCCCUAGGAUAUUAUAUAGACUGACUACAGAUUUCUUAAAACCUAAAAUCAUCUUUACACUGUAAUUAUCAGCAUACUGAUUAUGGAAACAUACUUUGAUUUUGUUGCAUAUUUGACUUAAUUUUAUUGCAAUGUGAACAGUUGCACUGCUAAAUAGGAAGUUGCAUAACUUUUAUUUGUUGCUCUUCACAUUUGUUUGUUUUCAUAUGGGCAAUAUAAUAUUAUCACAGACCUUUUAAAGAACUUAUUGUAGCUCUUUCCAUAUAAAUAAAAGGCUUUUUCUACUA